AGUCGAGCCUUGAGCGCAGUUCCAAACACUGUGGACCCAACAAUAGCCGAGUUUAGGAAGUUCGCAGAAUUCGUAGCUAUUUUUUCCGAUCACAGUAUUAUUACCUUCACCCCCACCAACCGAAAAAAAUAAUCUCCGCCCACCCACCUCCCGUUUUAAAAAAAUUCCCCACAGCAGCAAAAAAAUAGUGGCGGAAGCGCCGGGUUUGAGACAAAGGGAGCGGGAUUGCUUGCUCAAAGUGGGAUACUGGAACCGGGAAAAAGCGGAGAGGAUCUGGAAAAGAGAUUACAUUUCGCUUCUCUCUCAUCAAUUUUAUGGUUAAUGUCAAGCGGCUCCAUUGUGGGAGAAGAGGCACGUCAGCCAGCCAUAAAUUUGAGAGCGGAGUGGCAGCGCAGAACGCAUCUGUUUGACCGAGUUCAUUCCCUCUUAUACUGUAUGGAGACAGGUAGAAUCCUGUUCGCGCACCAAUCCCUAGCAACACAGAGGCAACCCGGGACAAAAUACAAACCGUGCAGACAUUUACAACCGGGCUUUCUCUAGGAAACAGCCUCGAUCUGCCGCCUGCAUCGAUCGCCUUGAUAGAGGAUGGCAAGCAUGGCUAGCUUUGCAAGCGGACACUCGGAUGAGCUCGGAUCAGCCUGAAUCCCUCCCGGAGACCCGCCCGGCUUUGUGGAUCUGUACACUGGGGGUGAUCUCGGCUCCGUUAUGGACGGCAGGGAAUUCGCUCCUCCUCCCCACCUCCUGUCUCAUGCGCUCGGCGUGGAGGCAGCUAGGGAGCGCGGCGCCCUGGCUCACCGAGCCGUCGGACGGAUCGCCUCGACCGGUCACAGCACCGCACCGCACCCGGCUCACUUUCAACCUGCAAAAUAUUUUCCAUCUCCGCUCCCUAUGGCUACACAUUCAGGCAACGCACUGAUGGGAAACUCAUCAGCCACAUUCAUGGGAAGUUUCCUAGCCAGCAGCUUGGGGUCAGCACCUGCUCAUCCUGCGGGACCCACAUCUUCCUCGGAGCCCGCCUUUCGAAGUCCACACUCAGCGACAUCACAGAUCUGGUUUUCCCACUCCCACGAAGUCCCAGGAUAUUCCAGGUUUUCAAGCAGUUUGGCCUCCACUUUCCUCCCUAUGAGCCACCUGGAUCACCACAGUAACAGCAACAAUGUACUUUACGGCCAGCACAGGUUCUACGAUACACAAAAAGAUGGUUUCUAUCUGAGGAAUUUACCUGGACAGCCGACUCUGCUCUCAACCAAUCAUAGUUUUCCUUCGAUUUCCCGAGCCGCACCCAGCCAUCCCAUUGGUUCCUGCAGCCGAGACAGAGAGAUGAGCCACUCCCAUAAAACGAUCAAGGAAACUGAGAGACUUCUAACCUCAAAGGAACCUAAUAAAGAAAGGAUGAGUAAAAAUGAUGCCAAUUCAUUGAGCAGUCAAAGGACACACAAGGAGAGACAUUCAGAAGAUGAUGGAAAAGACAGGCAUAAAAUUGUGCUGCCUCUGAUGCCAGAUGUCAGAUGCAAAGAAGACAUAACAAAUAUGCAUAAUAGCAUGUGUGAGAACAGAAAUAAACACUUCAAUAGCUGUUUAACAAACUCCAAAGUUAUGAAUGGAGAUUCCAAUAAGACUUUAUUAGCAAGCUGCACUAAUAUUGGUGGGAUUUUACCGAGGCAAAUGGACAUCCAUACCCCAGGCAGGUGUACCAAAGAGAGCUUAAGGUUUGAGAGGGAUUUCAGAGAAAACGGCCCAUCUGGUCCAGUGCACGUCGAGUGCUCAGAUAGUUGGCAAACUGCACACCAUUCUGUUGCAUACUCUGUUCCUUCUUCCCUGUCCAACAUUCCUUCAUCAUCUAGCACAGCCGCUGGAACAUUCCCCUGUUUGCAGGUUCAUUCCAACUUAGACCUUUUUUACCCUACUCAAGAUAAGGCCAGCAGGGAGCUUAAGGUCACUGGGCCUACGUACGUGCCUUCAGUGGGACACUUUGGUGACAAAAGCCAACCGUUUCAAGUCACUGCAGAAAAUUGCAAGGUUAACCGAAAUAUGGGGAAGGAGAAGACACACGACAAAAGCACAGAGAGGUCUGACGUUGGGACCGUUCCUAAUUCGCACACAUCUCUGAAGCUAGAUAGUAAAGGAAUGGACUGGCCCCACAAUUCAGCCAUAAAAUCCAAACAACAGUGCGUUAGCAGCACUGGUGCACAGAUGGUGAUGCCCUUCACACCUCAGGCAGCCAAGGGCCCCUCAGGGAAAGGUAGCACUUACGUUAUGCCACAGUCUCAGGAUUGUUUCUGUUCGAAGGAGCUGGAGACAUGCUGUGCCAAACUUACUCACUCCAGUUACACACUGGACCGGGAGCAUGGCAGUGAUACACAUGAAAAAGCUUCAAAAGAUUCACAGGGGCAGAAAGUGGCCAGGAUACGGCACCAGCACCAUAAGCUUCCCGAGGUGGAGCACAUAGGAACUGGUUCAGAGAUGAAGAGAAGACCACCGGAGCUCAGUUGUAUGAGCUACAAUGGAUCUCACAUACCAUCAUGGCAGAGUCCUCAGAUUCCUAUGGGGGAAGACAGGAAAAGUUCCUACCUUGACCCUUUCAGUUCAAGUUUACAGCAGGCAGCAAUGUUGUCACAAGGAUCUGUGCUCAAUCAAGACAUGUUAGGUCAAACUGAUGAAGUCUCAGCCAUGAAGAGUCUGCUAAAGUACAGCAGCUCAUUUCCUCCAGGUGCACAGGCAUUGAUCGUUGGGCAGAAGACCCCUUUCGGAGGCCUGGGAAACAUCCGGGCCAGCUGCGUCCAUCAGGAGAUCAAAUUCCAAAGUGGGAAGUCAAACCUCGACUUGGAGCGCCCAGACUGUGCCAAAGGGAGGGAAACUGAGUCAUCUCAGGGUGACGGUGAGGUACGGCAGCCUCCAGUUGGGAUCGCAGUGGCUGUUGCAAGACAAAAAGACAACCAGAACAAGCAUGACCUGCCUUGUGGUACUGAGUCCAACAGACCACACAGACAUCUUCCUGGCUUAAAAGGAUCAUCGCGCUCCACCUAUAUCAUUGACCUUGAAGCAGAGGAAGAAAACAAUCAUUUUCGUGAGGAAAGAAUGGGACUGUCUCAUUUAGACAGGGAAAGGGAUCACCUACUUCGGGAAAACAAGGAGUUUGUGGACUUUGCACGGAUCCAUCCAUCUAGUGGUUGCCCUGGAGACCUAAAUCCAAACCUGAUGGUCACUGGAGGAUCAUCUUUGCAAGCUAACCAACUAGGAACUGAUCCCAAUGCACAUCCUCACCUUACGCCUCCACAUUGGCUUCCAAGGACAGGCAGUCCCUCAAUGUGGAUGGGUGGGCAUUCAUAUGGAAUCAGUCACCCAGCUCUGCAUUCAAAUCUACCACCUGGAUUCCCAGCAUCGAUGCCAAGUGCCAUGCAGACAGUAUUCCCACUUCCCCAAGAUCCCUCAGCCCAGCUUGUUAUCCUUCCCACUGAGCCACCAGCACCACACUCAACUCCUCAUCAUCUCGCCGAAGUGAUGGAUCCUGCACACUCUCUCUGGCCUCCUAUCUACUCGGCACGAGCGCCCACAUCACAUAUGCAGCAUCCAGGACAGCUCUCAGUCUAUCCUCGCUCCCAGCUUCUUCGACAGCAGGAACUCUACAUGCUGCAACAGCAGCAACAACGGGCACAAGCACUUGAACUCCAGCGGCACUCACAACUCAUGGAUCAUCGGAAGGCAGAUGAACGUCGGUUAGAAGCUGAAGAGCAUACUCUCGAGAGGAACAGGAGGUCAAACAAACCAGUUGCCUUAAACUCUCCCAAGAGUCUUUCUUCACCUGUCAUACUGCCAUCCAGCAUGUGUUCUGCCAAACUUUCACCAUGCCACCAUUCUCCUUCUCUUGGACCCAAGUCAGGGUGUCCAACCCCCCAGCCCAGUGCUGUGUGUGCUUUACCUUCUUGCCCUUCUUCAGAUCCUGCCACUGUCCCACAAUCCUCAGCAGUCAGCCCUCCUUCCCAGAAUUCCACAGAAAGUCAAACAGCUGAAAAGCGAGUGGAAAGACAACCACCUCAACAUUAUCCAGAAACCUUUGAGCCAGAUCUCCCACCUGGCUACACAUACACAGCUGUCGCAAUGGGCUACAGUUCCCCUUCUCCACUUGUGCACUCUGCUGACCCUGCAGACCCUGAAACUAUGCAACCUGUCACCGCGGCGGCUGAACCAGAGCAGUCCAGAACCUUCACGUCUGGUGAAAAAAUUCACUGUGAUUCUCAGUCAAACCUGGUGGAGGAGGAGGCAAAUCCGACUGACAAACUGAUCGCAACCAAUAACCUGGAUGUUGUAGAGCAAAACGCGCGUAACGUUUGCACUUCAGAAAAAAAGGAUACAGUAAAUGCAUUGCUAGCAGAGAAUUCAACUGUGGAGCAACUUGAGUCAUCUGUGAAAGAAAACAUGGAAUGCUCAAGGCACUUAAUUGCUUCUCAUGGAAUUGUCACCAAUGGAGGACUUACAGGAGAAGAAGGAGGACGAGACAAUUCAGUGACCAAGUCACCUCUCUCAGCCAGUGAAUCCCCGAUGAUACCCGAUGCAACAUUGGAUGUAAGGAAUUCUGAUCACUUGGGUUCAGUAGCUGAGAUGGACUCUAACCAGGAAUGCAGAGUAGUUGAAGAAGCCAAACAGGUGAAUCAAGAUGAAGAUUCAGAAACUAGUCACGAUGCCUCAGAGAGGGAUGAUGUGUUCAAAUGGCGGUUGGACUGCAUGGCAGGGAUGGACGCCCUGGUGGCUGCUGGCCUCAGAAUGGGAGAGCUGUUUGGUUUAGAGGCUGAGGUUCCCAGUGUCCCCAUAGCACCUUCAUGCCCUACAACCUCAACCUGUUACCCCUGCUCAGGGAUGCAUGGAAUAGCUCUGCUGAGUGAACUGGCUGAACUCGAACAGCAACGACAGAAGUAUGAUGGCACCAGUCAAGGGGAGGAUGAGGCUAUACUUACUCAUGACCUCCAAAGCCUCGCAACUAUUGCUGCUGCCCGUUCAUUGGUAGAGGCAGUGCCACUUGAAAUGGAUGACUCCCAAACUGACCUGGGGUCAAGCAGAUCUUAUGUAGUGCGGAUCCCAAGGGUGCUGAAUUUACGGAGGAAGUACUCAUGGAGUCCAAAGGCAGAGACGGUUUGUCCUCUAAAGGUUGCAAUUGAUGGAAUGGAUACACAGGAGCUGGAAAUGAGAAUGAAACUAGCUGAACUACAACGUCGCUACAAGGAAAAGCAACGAGAACUGGCCAAACUUCAAAGAAGACAUGAUCAUGAGAGAGAUGAAAACUCAAGAAGCCCAGCAAGGAGAGGACCAGGGCGACCAAGAAAACGCAAACAUCUUUCCACUGUUCUUUCAUCUCUUGGACAGCUUAGUGAACUGGAGAAAUGUGACAGCAAAAAAGCUAAAUCCAUCAGGACAGGCCUAAGCCUCCUCUGUGAGGAAUUGAGGAAUGAAGGGGAGCCCAAGAAGAAAAAAUGCAAACUUCCUGGGAGGGAAAGCAAGGAACAGGAGUACAGUGGAAAUAAGACCGGGUCAGAGAUUAAACCAAAAGCGAAAAAGGACAGUCCUCAAACCAAUCUCACAUCUAAGUUGGGAAAGUACAGCUCAAGGCCGAAGCAAAAAGUACUGGGUAAGGCUGCAAAUAAAUCACACACAACAGCCAUCCUGAAAUCGGCCAACACCAGCCAUUUUAGGGGGAAAACAUCAGCCCUGCCUGGCAAGAUUCAGAAACAAUUGGGAAAAGCAAAGAAUGCCUCAAUCUCACACAGCCAAGAGAGAGCCAAGCACAGCACGGCAACUUCUGAAAAGGCCUCAAAAAUGGAAUCUGGAGAAGAAGAUGGUUUAUCGACUAGUAAAACUGCUUUUUCAAAAAGUAAAGCAGCUCAGAAGACAAACUCUGACAUUAAAAAGAAACCCGGAAUUCAGCAGAAGAGAAGGGCUGUUGGGGUCAAAGUGCAGAAAGCCAGCAACAAGAAGCAGAAACAGGAAACGCAGGCAUUAGUGACUGAAAAGGAAUGGAUGUCCACAGAGAGUGAUGGCUUCUCUUCAGAUGUUGGUCAGCUGAUUUCUGACAUAAGUGAAGACGACAACAACUAUAACAGUGCUGAUGGCAGUGAUGCCAUCACUGAACUGCCAAUCAAAGAUUCCAACCCAGGGCUGCUCACAGAAUACUCAACAGCACUCGCUGCAACUGACAUUGGUCCAUCACCUUCCUCUGUUGUAAAGCUGGAAGCCAAUCAGAAAGCAAAGAAGAAGAAGGAAAGGCAAGGCCUCCUGGGAACUCUCGGAUUUUCCAGCGCAGAUGGGGAUGUGAAGAUUAAAAGACGCCCGGCCAAGCAUGGCCUGGAAUCUAGCAAUGCAGUUAAAAAGACCGAGAAGUUGCCAGCCACAAAGAAAAAAACACUGAAAGCAGGGGAAAAGAAUAAGAAGAUGAAGAAUUCUAAGGGGCCAGCGGAGGUGACGAUUUGGCGCCAUUUUGAAUCUGAUCUGCGGCCCCUGCUGCAUGAUGGGAGAUUGCUUCCUAGUGAUUCUUCUAUACCUGCAAAAUUGGUAUCCAGAAGGCAGACCAGGAAAGGUUCUGCCAAUAGAUGUAAAAAUGUCACCAGGAAAAGUAAAGUCCUGCAAGCUACUUUUAAGAAAUCAAGUGGACUGAGCCUCUCUCAACAAAGAGCGAACCCCACUGACCACAAUCGGAACAGACUAAACAAACUAAAGAGCAAACUGCCAGUGAAAGAGUCAAAGGGACGAGCUGUCAGUAAACUAUUGGAAAGCUUUGCUGCAGAGGAUGAUUUUGCGUUUGAUGAAGACAGCAGCUUUUCUGAGGAAGAUGAAAAUGCAUCUGUGAGCUGCUCAGCAGAAUUGUGUGCCCCUCAAUGCUGUACCAUCAGUAAAGAAGAUCUCAAAGAAGGACUACGCAUUCUUAUACCAAAGGAAGACAAAUUACUGUAUGCAGGAUGUGUAAAAAUUCUACAAUCACCUGACAUUUACAGUGUUGUGAUUGAAGGAGAAAGAGGAAACCGGCAAAGAAUCUAUUCCCUGGAGCAACUGCUACAGGAAGCGGUACUUGAUGUCAGACCAGCCUCAACACAGUUACUGCCGCCGUCUACCAGGGUAUGUGCUUACUGGAGUCAGAAAUCCCGCUGCCUCUAUCCAGGAACUAUCGUCCAAAGUAGUAGCAGUGAAGAGGAAGAAGAAGAGGAUGGAGAUGAUUUUGUCACUGUGGAGUUUGAUGAUGGUGAUGUGGGGCGAAUUUCAUUGUCAAAUAUCCGUCUCCUCCCUCCAGAUUAUAAAAUCCAGUGUACAGAACCUUCCCCUGCACUGCUGGUAUCUAAUGGGAGACUUCGGGUUAGGAAGUUGCCCAGUGAAAAGCGAGAAAUUGCAGAAAACAGCCAGAAUCACACAUUGAAUGGGAAAAAUUCUUCAGAACUAAGCAAAAACUCUGGCAAGAAGACUUCAGUAAAGGGGAAAGCUGGUAAAGGAGUUUUGAAUACUGAGGUUUCAACGUUGCUGAAAGCAGGGCACAUGCUGAGUAAAAAGACAGAUGUGCUGAUAAAUUGGCCAGGGAUCAUCCAGACAAAGAAAAGAAAUCCCAGUAAGAGUACCACUGCUUUAGAAAACCUGUUUCAGUUGAACGGCAGUACAAAGAGAAUAAAGAGUAAAGAGCGUUUCCUUCCAGUGCAAGGCCCUCCUCCUCCUAUUUUCAGUGGCGGCUUUGAGGUCGACUCUUUUAGCAGCAUUGCUAACACUUUUGCUUCCUUUGGAAGCAGUACAAGUCUCGCACCAAAUCCUAAGGCCCUAAAGUACAGAAAGGCAGAAAAAAUGGAUGUAUCCAUUCCAAAAGGUGGGAAGAGAAAAACAGGAGCAGAAUAUUUGGUUAAACUAGAUCACGAAGGCGUGACAUCUCCAAAAACAAAAAAUGGAAAAGCCUUGCUCAUGGGCGAUAAGGAAUUUGGAGGAAAAGUUGUUACUGGCUACUCCCAGCUAAGCAAGGAGCGAAAUGGAAGGAUCGAACUUCUGAAAGGAAAGCACACUCAACUUCAGAACCUUCCUAUGAGCUUAGCAAUGAAUGAGUAUACUGGUCAGUCAGAGUUUGGCAUGGAUUGUGACACUGACAGCCAUAGUUCAUACUCUGAUGAUGAGGAUGAAAAUAGAAACUUGCAACAGAGUGUCACAUCGAGAUUUAUGACUAGGCUGUCUGUCUCUUCAUCAUCAUCUGCAUCUUCAUCAUCUUCAACAUCUGGUUCUACCUCCACUUCCAGCUUGUGUUCAUCAGACAAUGAUGACUCAUCAUAUAGCUCUGAUGAUGAUACUGCGGUCUUGCUGCAAACUUGUAUGACGCACCCUGUACCUGCAUUGCUGACCCCCUCAGAUCCACGACAAACAGAGCCAAAAAUGUCCUCACCCUCCUUUUCUGCCAAGUCUGCAAUGCCUGCGAAUAAGAUCAAAUUAAAAAGACAGGAAGAAUUCCGACUUCAAAAGGCCAAGGAGUUAUCAAAGAGACAGAGAUUACCGUCGGUAGAAAAUCGCCCGAAAAUCUCUUCCUUUCUCCCAGCUCGACAGCUCUGGAAAUGGUCUGGGAAGCCAACUCAGAGACGAGGAAUGAAAGGAAAAGCAAAGAAACUUUACUAUAAAGCCAUUGUGAGAGGGAAGGAGACGAUUUGUGUGGGCGAUUGUGCAGUGUUCCUCUCUGUUGGACGCCCAAACCUUCCAUACAUUGGCCGGAUUGAAAGCAUGUGGGAAUCCUGGGGAAGCAACAUGGUGGUUAAAGUGAAAUGGUUUUAUCAUCCUGAGGAAACAAAAUUGGGCAAAAAAUGCAAUGAUGGCAAGAAAGCAUUAUACCAAUCUUGCCAUGAAGAUGAAAACGAUGUACAGACUAUCUCCCAUAAGUGUCAGGUGGUCAGUCUGGAGCACUAUGAACAAAUGAUAAAAACUAAGAAGUACCAAGACAGCCAGGACCUUUACUAUCUGGCAGGAACAUACGACCCUACAAUAGGCAGAAUCCUCAAUGCAGAUGGAGUGCCCAGUCUCUGUUAAAAACUAAAUGUAUGAAUUAAUGUAAAGCCUGGAUUUGCACCACACUAACAGGGAUUGAGAAACCAUUCUGAUUUUUUUUAAAAACUAACUAACCUAAUGAACGUUUCAAAUGAUGCAAGAUGGACUGGAUCUGGAAAUUUGUUUUCAAUACCUUGAGGCUCACAUGUAGUCCUGGAAUCAUUAGCAGUGAUCCCUUAAGUGGUUUGCAGAAUGGUAUGGUGGAUACAUAACAAUUAAGCAGCAUGGUUUUUGGAUGAAUAAGAACUAAGCCUUUCUGGGGAUCAGUAAUACUGGAUUUACCAAAGUGGAACCCUUAGGGCAUCAUGUAGGCUGGAAUUUCAAUGCACGGCUUCAAGGCAUCAAUGGGUCAACCAGGCUGAAUUUGCACACGGGAGCCUCAAACAAAGGGGGAAGCAAAGUUUUAGAGGUGAGCGCUGGGCCUCAAAGAAUCAAUGAAGCUGGAAUGGACACAUGAGAACUGGACCUUGAUGACAGCAGGUUUCAACCAUGGGUCAGACAGCAUGAAAUUUAUUUCAGUGUGUGGGUGGGCGUAUGUGUGUGCGUGGGCAAGUGUGUAUGUGUGCACGCGUGUGUGUGCAGAUUUGGAGAAAGAAGAAAUCUGAGCAUCAUACAAGCCAUACACUCCCAGUACCUCUGUCUGCUUUCGACUUUGCAAAGCAGAAUCAGGUCGAACAUGUUUUUGUUGUUACUUUGUUUCCUGGAGAGUUUUGUAAAAACCCGGGAUUUUUUUUUAAAUGCAGUGCAUUACUCAGCUCAGCUGAGACUGCUUGUUAGCUGGAACUUCUGAAGAAAAAAAAAGAAAGGGAAAAAAAGACUUGACUUUGAAGAAGACUGUUUUCUUAUACAAGACAGUUUGUGGCAUCAUUCUGUCAGACUAAUUCUAACCUCUUAACUGAACAAUAGUUGAGUGAUUCACUUUGAAUUAAAUGUUCCUUUUUUUUAAAGUGAUGGGUGGAGAGAAUUAUAGUCCCUAUUGCUGAAUAUUGUAUAGAAUUCUGCACACAUUUAGGGAAUGGUCAGCCAUGUUUGUUCCCUCUCUGUUGCACAGAUGUUCAAGAGACAGUCUCCCUUUUAGUGACUUAUGUGGGCUACGUAUAAAAAGCUUCUAACACUGAUACAAAGAGCAAUCCCGCAUGAAGUAAUGUGGUCAACACUUUGAAGAGACCUUUCUUGCAGUGCAUGUAUUAACUUCUGUCACCUGUAAACAGUGGAAAUAUUACUGUAGGAAGUGGAAGAUAAGACUAAAAUCAUACCAGAGAAUUACAAUAGAACCCUGAAGGCUAAGGCUGCAUCUGUUUUGCUGUACUGAUUCAUAAGGUAUUACAAUUUUUCAUAGACAUCUAUUUCAUCUAUCCAGUUUAUUAACAUUUUUUGAAAAUAUAAUUGGGAGGCAGUUCCACCCAUGACUUAUUGAAAAGGUAAACUAUAGAAAGUAAGCCACUUGAACAGAAAAGUGAGUAUCAAAAUCUUUGGGUUUCUUUAGUUCCUAUUUUAGACAAACAUUAUGGAAGGACAGCCAGAAGAAUCAUUAAAGCCCAAGUGUUCCUUGAUAUAUCACCCGUGGAGCUGUGGUUGUGGUUGUUUCAGAGGAGCUUCUUGUUUCUGUUGUGUUCUCCCUUAUAUCAGAUGCUGAGAAGGUACCAGUAGACUUCCUUACUCAUGGUGGAGAUCAUUUUUUUUCCUGAAUUAAUGUCUAAAGGUAAUUAGAUUAGUAAAACAUGUCAAAGUUGAUCACAAAUUCUUAUUUUUGUGACACACAGAAGCGAACUGAUGUGGAACAGAGCUUUGGUGAUUUGUGAACUAUUGCAAUAGUUGCUAAUCAAAUAACUAAGUUCCCUAAUCAUUCAUUUAUAGCCCAGGUGUAAUAACUAAGAGAUAGGAGGUGUAGCUGAGUGUGUAACCAUGGCUGUUGUUAUGUUACACAUUUGUUAUUUUUACUUGCUGCUCAAUUCCAUAACUGCAAGCUCAGUGGCGUCAAAACCAGUGAUUGAGGUUUAGCUAUUCCUGUUCUACCAAAGUGUGAUUUUCUGUCAAUUCACUUUAACAGACAUAUAAUCAUGUAUGAUACAUAUAAGGGAGCACAAAAGCAGAAAAGUCUGAACUGGAAAUCUGUAUCAGAGGGCAACAAAAAAAUUGAAAAACUAUAUUGAAAAUUUGAAACAGAUGAUGCAGCAAUAUUGUUAUAUUCCUCACUGAUGUUAUUAUUCAACAAUACAGAUCAUAAACUACAAUCUGGCUUUCUAGAUCAUGUAUUGUUGACUUUUUUAAUGACAAUCAGACGUACAAUUCUGCAGAUUCAUGUUCAACAAUGAAAGAAGUUUAUUAUGCAAAAGAAAUGAAGAUAAAAUAGAAUACAGUAAUAAUAAGAAAUAACACGUGGUUAAAUAUUUUGAAACAUACAAUAAGAAUACAGUUCUGUUAAUCCCAAAAGCAUUCCUUUAUAGAACUCACUCCACAGAGAAUACCCUUAUCUUUCACAUUCAUAGGGCUUAAUUUGACUGUGGCUUUAAUUCCCUGUCUUGAACAUCUUAUAGUCUCUUCCUGGAUCUUUUACAUAAUGGAGCAUAGACUUUCACUAAACAAAAAAAAAAGAACUGUUGGUGCUGGAAUAUUUUUGAGUUUAAACUUUAUCAGUUUCAAAUAACUUCUUCAGUAUUGUAACCAGACAUUUCUCGUCUGGAACAUUAGAACAGGUUACCUCAGUGUAAGGAGCUUUGUUUUCACAGAAUCAUAGGGAUUCUAUGAUUCCAUGAAAAUAAAAUUCCUUACACUGAUCAGAAAUCAAACAACCUGGUAACAACUGAGGUAACCUAUUUCCUAGCAGUUAUAAGCUAUGUCCUUUCUUUAGGAAUAACUAUUAUACAUCUAGUUCCAGCCAAGAUUUCUACAAAAAUGCUCCUGAAUCAUUCAUCAGAAAACCUAGUGCACUGCACUGUUUUCUUUGUUCAUUCAUAAACUCUCUCAAGGUAACAGAAGCGCAUUACUCUCCAGAAAAUCUCUCUCUAAAACCAUUCAAAAAACUCUGUAAAAUGUGUUUUAGAAGUAGCUACAAGUCAAUCUUUAAACUGAUUCAGAUAAACAGACCAAAACUCACAUGCCACUGACUCAAAACCUAAAACAAAUGUUACUAAAAUGUAAAUCAUUCACAAAACUUACAUCAGAAAACGCAGCAGGCUAAUAGGAACCUGAAAGAAAAAGAACACAAAUAUUUCAGGAGGCACAGUGUAUUUGAUCGUUAAGAUCUGAUGAAGUCACUACCCCUUCACAAAUUAACAUCUUUUUUCUUUCAGGUUCUGAGCAACUUGCAGCAUUUUUUGUUUUUCAGUCCAUUCCAGACCCAAUUUUAUUUGACCUCCUCAGACUGUUUAAGUAACUUUUUUAUUUGGACCCUAUACUGUGAUGACUUCAAAAUAUUCCCACGUCUUUGAGGGAAAAAAAAUGUAACAAACCUUCAAUAGCAAGUCAUACCCUGGUAAUCAAGAUGACUGUGAUUUGUGGCUUCUUCUGCUUGUUGUGAUGUAAUUGGCGACAGUUACACUCAGAAUGGAAAUAGUGCUGACUGAAAAACUGCUUCUGAAUGGAAAUGCUUUACCAAUUAUAAGCGAAGGAACUCUCUUAAGUAGGUAAAUAAGCAGCGAUCCAAGAAACUUCACAAAGUUCUCAUGAUAUUAUCACUUGGAACGUAAAAAAGGACUUUUGAAAAUCUGAAGCUUAUGAUUAGAGUGGAGUUAGCAUUAUUCUCACUGGCCCUGCAGUUGAUUAUUCACUCAUGUGAAAUAGAAAAAUCAUUCAUUCAGUGAAUUAUUAUGUAAUGGGUGCCAGCUGUACCUACCAUUCCAGAAUUAAUUCAAUCAUCACCUCAUUCCGAUAAACAGAACUUUUAAAGCAAGUAGGUUCUUUUUAACAGUGAAGAUGAGUUCAAGACUGGGAGCAGUGUUUGUAACUCACUUGUGCCCAUGAUUGUCAAAGCAUUAAAGCUUUUCACAAGUUAUUAAUGUACAAUAGAAAUAGGUUAUUCUAAAUGUCUACACCUCCUAUAACUUUGUCUUUUCCUGUCCCCAUUGAUCCCAAUACUAUCCCCAAUGCCCUCUCUUUCCACAUUCUUCUUAAAACACUGACUGAGGAACGCAUUUGAGUGAUAUCAACUGACUCACCUCCAAAAGUGGCAGGUUGAACAGUCUGAUUCCAGACAGAAUGCCUUGCUGCUUGUUGGCACUUCCCCUGAUGGGAUUGGCACUCCACAGACGAGGAAGGCUGGAGAACCUAUGUGCGACUACUCCAAGGCCCGGUGAUUCAAAACACAUACAUACUAGCUUAAGACCAUAAGACAUAGGAGUGGAAGUAAGGCCAUUCAGCCCAUCGAGUCCACUCUGCCAUUUAAUCAUGACUGAUGGGCAUUUCAACUCCACUUCCCUGCACUCUCCCCGUAGCCCUUGAUUCCUUUUGAGAUCAAGAAUUUAUCAAUUAACAUCCUGGCCUCCACUGCAAUCCAUGGCAAUGAAUUCCACAAGCCCACCAGCUUACCUGACUGCCUGUCAGCUGUGCUUUUGAUCAGUUUGAUAAUAUAUAUUACCUCUUUGCCAUUGUUCCAGCCUCAGAUGCUGGACUGAAAGAACAUUGGUGGAGGUAUAAAAUGAUACUGAGGCUGUUGUAGUCUUAUACACAGUGCCCACACUGGCAUUGAUCUCAUUUUUACCCCAGCAGUUGCUGUUGUUAACAUAGGCUCGUAACUUGUUUCAAUAAAUCCACAUCGGAAUGGAAAAAUAACUGAAGUGCCCCAAAGUGGAAAUUAGAUACAUUUGAGUUGAAGUAAAGCAAAGGGAUCCAAAAAGAUAUUUCACUGCUUUAAAAACCCAAGCACUUUGCAAUUAGAAUGAACCACCAUACAGACAAAUCUCCCACUGGUGUGGUCAGAGCAGAACAAUAUAUUUGUCUUUAAAAUUAAAACAGAAUACUAUUUAGCACUUCAGCAUUAUGACCAAUCAUUAGAAGAAAUGGCUCUCUGGGACAAUCAGUGUAAGGAAAUGGGUUCCCUUUAAAGCCCCUUCACCUGAUGUAAUUUAUAUUAUAGUGUUAAAACUAUUUGCCACAUUUAGUGUGAACUGAUUGUUGUACUAAUUCUUGUUGAAACUGCAUUCAGAAAGUGUAAAAGAAGCAAAAGCUGUUAAGUUUGCUGAAUGUUAGAAAGUGUGUUCUUGUGGUCAGAUUUAGGAAAAUCCUACAACUUAUCUUGUUUAACCACAAGGGAGUGCUCAAUUUGAUCUUUAAUUAGCUGCAAGCAGGUAACCUUAUGCUGUUGAGAUCAAGUAGGCAUGGACUACUACUAAAAAAAAAAUUUGAUAAUGCACUGUCAACAACAUCCAUUGUAAAACUGGAAAUAAUAUUGUGAAACUUAGACUGCAAAGAUCAGCACUGUAGUGAUAUCAUGUUGCCAAAAAUGCAAUGUCUGGACUGCAACAAUAUUGUCAGCCUGUCUGUAGAAACAAGAAAUCUCCCAUGAGGACAUGUGUGUAUAUUUUGCAAUAUAGUAUAAUAGCUUUCAAGACAUGUCAUAUAAUUUUUUGUUAAUACUGGUUUAGCUUUGGGACGGUGCUAGCUAUAGCCUUUGUUUGGACAGUUCAUGCUGACCACGAAAAAAAAACUCCACACUAUUUUAAAUAAAGAAGAAAUGAUGCCCUGUUUGAGAUAUAGAGGUGGAACAAUGAUUGGAAAUGCUUAGCGUACACACUGUUUAAUAUUGUGAUGUUUUCCCCCCCACCCCCCCAAUCUUGUCAUUUCCCACAUGGUCUCAUGGUGAGGUAUGGCAUUAGAAUGUUUAAAAGGAACAGUUUGACUUGACUCUUGUUGUAGACUGGCACUACAUUCGAGCUUGUUGGUAACCCUGCAUAGUUACCACAAAAGGGACACUGUCUCAAGAAAAAAAACGCAACCACAGUUUACAAAAGGUGUUUAAUAGUUUGAAUUCAUGUUGUUUGUUAUUGCUUGGCAUAGAAUCAGUGUAGUAUUUUGUUUUGAAACACUAACAUGUUGUAAAAAGAGGGGUUUUUUAUAUAUAUACAGCAUAUAUUACUGUUGCAUCUCAGUUCUUGGGGAUUUUUUGUUCUUAACAUUUUGAUAUGAGCAUCAUGCAGAGCCAUAUGUAUGCCUCAACCUUUCUAAUAGUAUCAUGCUAUAGAAACUCAACCUGGCUUAGGCAUGAUCUUCCCUUUGUUUUAUAUAACAUGGCUGCCCUCCAGAAGAAUUAUUUGAGUUUGCCUGUUUAUAUUAUCAAAAAUGUAUUUAAGGUAAAUUGCAGGAUGCUUUUUUUUUGUGAGACUAAUCUUUGGCUUUUGAACUUUCACUUAGUAACCUUCCUGCAUAUAGACUGGUGCAGUGUGACAUCACAAUCGUAUAUCCUGUAUUUUCAAUAGGUCAACCUCAUCAAUCAGCUAGGUGGUUUUAGUGAAACAUGGGGAUCUGAGACUCCAUAGCAACAGCUGAAGGAUAAAGAGAACCAGAUUCCCAUGACGCUUCGGGCUCUUUUACAUAGACUGAAUGAAGAACAUUUUUAUACAAGAACAAAUAACAGGAAGGUUUUUCUUUCAAAAAAAAAUGUAUACUUUUCCUGAACAAAAUUAUUAUUGACCUGUCGUCUGGAAAGGUCAAAGGUCAGCUGUAGGGGAAUGAGGUAAUUUUGUUAGGAAUUUCUGACUUGCAAGUCAGACGUUCAUGCAUUUCUGAAAUGAGGUGGGAGUGGUGGGUGAAGGUGACUGGAGGAGAGACAUGCAAGAUCAGUUUCAAAGCAUUCAUUGCAUAAUCCUUGAAGUCACAACUCUUGAAACAUAUAUAUGCGUAUGAACAAGGUGGAUUUUAAUUUCCACGGUCAUGUGAGCUGGGCUAUGUUGACUGUCACUUGUGUGCAAGAAUCUUUUACCUCUGCGUCACAGAACUUCCUGUUCCAUUCUGUACUUCAAAUGAGAAACUGAAGCAGUUGUAACUGGGACCUAACCUAGAGGACCCAGCUGUAUGUGGAAGGGAUUGGUUUGAUUUGGGGCGGCCUCGUAUUUAAGGUUAAAGAAGUGCAGAGUGGAAAAAAAUGGGAACAUAACCUCCCAUCUCCUGCAUCACCACACACACACACACACACACACGCACACACACACACACACACACACACAAACACACACAAUAGGAGGUUCAGCUGUACUCCAUCCGGUACUUUAUGUGAUGUCACCAUUGGACCAAUCUGCUAGACGUUGUAGUACCUUUUUGUUCAGUCCAGUGACACAAGUGCAAUACUUCCUCACUGAUGGCUGAGGUUUCACUUUUUUUGCUUGUAAAGUGAGAGCUUCUGGGGACUGGAAUUGUGAUGCAUCAUGAGAAAUAAAUGGGCAAGUAAGACGCAGGCCCGUCUGAGACUUGCAGAAUAGUGUUUUAAUCCUACAAGUGGUUAGGAGAAGUUUUAAAAAAAAAUUAUACAAUAAAAACUACAAUAUUACAGAGUUAUUUACUAGAUAUUAAAAUAUUUUGAAACUGAAAACCCAGGAGAGCUUUUUUUUUAAGCUUGUUGAUUUUUGUUUUUACUUUGUUUUCAGUUUUUGUUGAAAUGGAAGGAACUGUUAUUCUAAAAAAAAGUGUUUAAAUGUAGUAAAAACCCUAUUGUAAAUGUGUAAAGUAUGACUAUGGUCUCAGUUUUUGUGUAAACACUAAAAAAAAAGUUUUAUGGACACGAUCUCUAUGUAAAAGCAUUUUAGUAUUAAGAUUUUUAUAGAUAACUUGGCU